AUGUCUUCGUUCGAAGUUCUACCCGCGGUGGAGACUCGCCAGUGUCGGUCAGCAACACAUUCCAAGGGCCUCCGCUGUCCGUCUGGAGAACUCCGUCUUUCAACGCCGGUAUCCACAGAUACGGCGUUAACGAACAACUAUGAGAUCGUCUUGUACAAGAACCGGAAUAUCGUCCUGUUCAACCCGCACACCAACAGGGCCGGGGCGAGAGCCAUCACAGCGGCAGAAGAAAGAGCACUCAGCCUCAAGCUACACGAAACACCUCCCUCCCCGUUGUUGUGUCUCAGCACCGGUAUGCUGGCUCGGCGUUCUUUCGACCUCACCUCCGUCCCAACACAGGCGGAACUCCAGUCUCUAUCGGGACUGUUUAUCCAGCAGCAUACAGCCAAAUGUUGCACGGAACCAGGAUCCACGCUGCCGUUAGUUCAGUUUUCCUUUGAAGCUCGAACGUACUUUCAGAUCCUUCAGCAUCUCUUCAGACGUCUUAGGAGGCAACAAAGCUCAGCAGCGUCGCCGAGACGGUACAGCCGGUUUGCCUCUGAGCCGUCUGAGAUCCCUUCUUCGUCUCUGUCGUCUGUCGUGCUUGACACGUCGGAUGUUUCCUCACCGCCCACGACAGCCCUUCUGUCUUACAACACCUCUUCAGAGGCACCAGACAGUCCUUCCCGCUAUACCAGUGAAUCUCGCUCAUCGUCGUCAACGUCAACAGUCAACACACUUUUCCAAACACGGAGACAGAGUGGAGAGGCCUCUCCGAGUGGUCUACACAAUGCCGACCCGACGAGGCAACACCGCACUGCCGCGGGGGAGAGCACGUAUGCUGCGGGAUACUCAAGUAGUUCGUCUUCAACGGACUUCGAAGCCGACGGUGACUCUCCUGAACUUAGGCAAGCCAAUCCUGCCACGCGCGAUGAGGCUCAAUCCCCGUUCUUCUCUUUCGCAGCGUGUCAGCCUCCAGGAGCGGAAUCGAUACCCUCCACCCGGGUUAGUGCGUCCAGGCUCUGGAACAUUCCCGUGGAACUUUUGAUCACCGGCUACUACAACCGUUUCUUCAUUGAAAAGCGAAAACUGGGGAGCGGGAGCUAUGGCCAGGUGUACCUCUGCACACAUAUCCUUGACGAGCUCACGCUUGGCGAGUACGCCGUCAAGAAGCUUCCUGUCGGAGACGACAAGCACUGGCUGGCAAAGAUGCUUCAAGAAGUUAAAAUCAGGGAAAAGCUCCAUCAUCCGAACAUUGUGGAUUACAAGCACUCGUGGCUGGAGAUGCAUCGGUCAAACCCCAUGUGCCCUUGGGUUCCUUGGCUUUUCGUCCUCAUGGAAUACUGUAACGGCGAUAGUCUAGAAAACCUGAUCUGGGACCGCGGGGUGGAGAAUCCACCAUCACGUUACCUGACGGACGAUCAGAUCUGGAAAUUGUUCUUUGAUAUCCUUUUUGGCCUCCAACAUCUCCACCACAGCGCCAUCUUGUACAGAGACAUGAAGCCACCGAAUGUACUUCUGCAGCACUCAGUUGAGCGCAUGACAGGCAAACUACAGUGCCGAGCUCAGCUAUCCGACUUUGGCACGGCAGAACUCCUGGGAGAGAGGAUUUUCCGUGCCGACCGAAACGGAUUCACGGGGACGAUCGAAUUCACGGCCCCGGAGCUGCUCGAGACUGAUGAACGGGGCCUCUUCAGCCCGAAUUAUGACAUGAAGUCAGAUAUGUGGAGCCUUGGGAUGAUUCUUUACGCGAUGUGCUACGCGCGCGUCCCGUACACAGACAAAGAGCCAUCCAGCUGCCGCCGAUUGAUCCUUGGACACACGCGUUUAUCAUUUCCUCAACACCCUCCACGAGACCCCAUUUUCAAGCUGCUUAUCGGAGCCUUAACGGCAAAGGACAGCGCCAAUCGACCUUCAACGGAUGACAUUAUUGACGACGUCCGCGUCCGCCGAAUUCUAAAUGACCGAGAACGACUCGACAGAGCAACGGAAGAGAUAGUGAAUCUUUUACAAAAGAAGAACACUCCGACUGAUCCCUUGGCGCCGAGUCAACAGGCGUCGAGGACGACUAUGAGGCGGUCUGGGACAAAUCAGCCAGGUGUUCGCUCCGACUGGAACAGAGAACACGAUUCGCGUUCGGAGUGCGCAAUAGUAUCUCACUCUGUGUCGCCUCUAGUUCCACUGCCUGCGCCUAGGCCGACAACCGGCAACAGCGCUGAAGGUCAAGGACAACAGCUUGCUUGCAGAGUCGGUGCUGGCGCGACUGCAUUUCCCCUUAACACUUUACGAUAG